GUCGGCGAAAUAAAAUUAUUUGCUUAACAGCAGCUCCAAAAUGAAGACCUUAUAUGUAAUAUUGUUAUUUGUAUUUGUAGUGUUAUUUAAUGAAGUCUUCGGAGAGAAUGUUCGUUGUUCUCAGAAGGGUGGGACCACAGGAGAGUGCACUGAUAUUAUUGAUGGAUAUAUGUUCAGUCCAAAGAGAAAUAGUUGCUUUGCCAUGAAAAUUAGAGGCUGUCACAGUGAGGGAAGAUUCUUUGAUAACAGCACCGACUGCAAUCAGUGCUUGUCGUAAUUGCAAUUACAAAAAUAAGAAUAAGCUUUUAUAAAAUAUUAUUAAAUCCUAA